AACCUCUAUAAGGUCACCCAUCAACCUCCCACGCUCUAGUGAAAGAAAAACUCCGAGGCAAUUCACCCUCGAACCCUGCAACACGCUGAAUAGGCUGCACACAUGUACAGAUACAGACAUAGACAGAUACAGGUCUCCCCUCCCUCGGGAGCGGGGGAGGGGUGAAGAAAGGGGUGGUGUCUGCUGCCUCCAAGCAGCCUGUCUGAUUGGCUGGAUUCGCAGCAGCCAAUCAGGCAGCAGCCAAUCAGACGGCCUCUGGCAGGGCACAGGGGGGAUCCACGUGCUCUGGUCGAAUUGCUACAUGCAGCCAUACACGUGUGUGGUAACAUUGGUCAGUUUCCCCAGGAUCAGACAGCGAGCGGAGGAGCCAAGCUAAAGGAGUGGGAUAGCCUCAGAGACAGGGGGUAAAGAAACACACAGCAACUGAAAUCAGAGAAUGGAUUCAACCGGAAGUAAAGCUUCUCGAGAAUCCAUUGAGGGGUUCAGCAGCGAGGAAGACGGGGACUGCGACGUCUUCCUUUCCGACAGUGACUCUGACAGAGCCUCCAAGGAUGUUGCCCCCUGCAGGGCCAGGCCAAUGGGGUUCCCUCUCCAUGAUCAGUCUGCCUUUGUUGGCGUGGGCACGGCCUCUGCCAGCAAGGUAACCUCGCCCGGGCCUCAAGCCUUCAUCCCUCACCCCAUGUCGGCCUCCCACCUCAAGAAGCCACGGGAGAAUAUCUAUUUUGCCUCGGCCCCUGUGUGGCCGUGCCCGUCUCUGCCGGGUACCGCUAUUCUGGACCGAGCAUGGAAGCUCUCCCUCGAUGGUGUUAGUCAGUACCCCCAGAAGUUCCUAAGCAGGGCUCUGAAGCGGAGAAGGGAAUGGGAUGUGUCCAAGCAGCAGGGGACUACCCUGAGUGAAAAGAUGCCUCGAGUCAAGACAAGAGGAGACCUACUUUUUGCGCAGAAGUGUAAGGAACUCCAGGUGUUUAUCCGGCCACUGACUAUCCUUCUUGAUGGACUAAAGACCGGACGGUACAACAAAGGUCUCACCAGUUUUCAGCAGAGCGUUGCUAUGGACCGGAUCCAGAGGAUCAUAGGUGUUCUGCAGAAGCCAGGAAUGGGGGAGCGUUACUUAGGCACACUGCUUCAAGUGGAAAUGAUGCUGAAGGUUUGGUUCCCUCAUGUCACCAUGGCAACGCCAGGCACUGAAGGCUCUGGGCCUACAGGAAGUGGAUGCAAUGCAAGAAAGCAGUUUCGGACCGGGUCAUCGGAGACCAGUUCCUCGUGGGAGUCGCUUUCUCCUUCCUCGUCCCGAAGACAAUCGUUCAGUGACAGUGGCCCCCAGGAUCAAGCGGGUACCUCAUCGUCAUCCGGGAGCUGGGAGGAGAGGCCUGAGCUCCGGGAAGGUCCAGCAGAAGGGGUCGCUUCUUAUGGUGACCCAGGAGGACUGUCUGACCGCUCCCAAAACCUGCAGUGUCUCACUUUGGUCAUGCAGGACAGCCCAGAACUCCCCUCCUCCACCCGCUCUGGCACUCUCUGGCCGGUCCAGGGGGCCUGGGCUUCCACCGUCAGGACCCCAGCCUGCCAGAGGCGUCCAGGCAGGAGCAGCAGUGCACCCCCAUGCCUCCCCGCCAACCAUAGCAGUGCCACAUCCUUGCCCCUUGUCUUGUCGUGCGAUUCCAUCGUGCUGUUGGAUCUGUCAGAGGCUUACGUGCGAUGGAGCCAGAAGUAGGUCCAAGUUCAGCCAGCUCAGGCCUCCUCCCAAGGACUUUUUAAGAGAGGAAUAUCUCAAAGACUUGCAUUUUUAUAGUACUUUUUUGCCACCUCAGGAUGUCCCAGUCAAUGAAGUCUGUGUAAUCACUGUAGAAAAAGCAACCAAAUUACAUGCAGCAAGCUCCCAUGUAACAAUGGAGACUUGUGUUGGAUUUGAUGUUUGUUGAAGCAUUAAUAUCAGACACUACAGAGAAGUCCUUUCCCAUAGUCUUCCUCAAGGAUAUUUUAUGGCCACUCGAGAUGGUGGAUGGAGCCAUAGUUUAUUGGUGUUCCGCCAGCACUGA